GCGAGGCCGCGCCGUGGAUAUUUCGUUUCACUCCACGACCAGAACAACAGUGCGAACGUGUGUCCGUGUCUAGCUCAAGUCUUCGGAGGCUAAGUACGUGACUGAGAUCCGGAGCUGUUGUCAGCACGGAGCCAGUGAGCUCAUCGGAACCGGCUUGUGUCCCGGCGCCAUGUACAAUGGGAUCGGGCUCCAAUCCUCUCGCGGGAGCGGCACCAAUGGCUACGUUCAACGAAAUCUGGGUUUCUCCAAUCGCGUCCCUCAGCAAGUGAAGUACAGAUCGGAGCGGGACAUCGAGAAACUCGAAGGCGAACUCAAGCAGGGACCGAGUCAGGAGAUCCUCGACCAUUACAGACGGCGAAAAAUUGAGCUCGAUCUCGCCGAAUACGAACAAGAACUGGUCGAUGCGGGUCUGUCACAGGACGAAAUCGAACACAAGGUUAGCCGGUACCGUAAGAAACUCGUGGAGGACGAUGAUCUUCAAAUUAAGAAGCAGCAGCAGAGGAACCUAGCCUCGCUCAAGGACAGCCACGAAAUCGCCGAAGCGAACCUGAUGAAGAACGACAGACUCCGCGACGCUCUCGGCAUCUCGAACGAUUUCGUUGACGGCUCCUCGUUCGAUCAGAACGCGAGACGAGAACGGAACGAGAAAGAGCGAGCCGAACGGGAACUCCAAAAGCAGAAGCGACUCCAGACCCUCGUUCCUAUGCACGAAGAGGAGGGGGCCGAAGUCGAUCGCAAAGACGACAAAGAGAUCUCCACGUCGUCCAAGUCAAAGUCCAAAUCCAAGAAGAGGAAAUCCAAGUCGAAGAAACGGAAAAAGAAGGACGCCAAGAAGAAAGACAAAAAACGAAAGAAGAGGAAAUCCGCGAAGCCGAGCUCAUCGUCAUCGAGUUCCUCUUCGGACUCUUCGUCGUCGAGUUCGUCAUCGAGUGAAUCCUCCGAUUCGUCCGAUGACGACGACAGCGGAAGCAGCAGCAGCAGUGAUAGCAGCAGUGAGGAAGACAAGAAGAAGAAGAAGAAGAAGAGAAAACGUAAAUCCAAGAAACGCAAGGAGGACAAACAUGCCGCGAAAAAGAGGAAGAUCUCUCUCAAAGGCGAAUCGAAAUCGAAACCUCCGAAAAAGCGUUCACCGUCGAAGUCGAAAGAUGCUGUCGACGUCGAGGAGGACUCCUCCGCGAAGACUCAAAAACAUCAAAGCAGGAUGGAUCGGUCUGCCGAAAAAGAACUCCGGGAGCCGCAAAGCCAUAAAGCUCGUCACGAUUCCAGCCCGGACGAAGAGUCGAAAAGGAGACGCGAGGAUAAAUCCCUUAAGCCCGAAUCGAGGAACCGACAUCCGAACUUGAAAGCUUUUGAGCGACGUCUCACUGAAAUCGUCCAAUUCCUGCAGCCGCCGACGACGCAAUGGCGGGUAGCGCUGGCUGGAGUUUUCAUUUGCGCUCUGUUCGGUGCGUAUAAGUGGGUCUUCGACCCUGAAACGUCGCGGGUAUCCCUCUCGGAAUCGCUUUGGAUCCAUUGGUUCUUCUCGCUGUCCGUGGCACUUUUGCUAAUUCUUUUCGCUUGCGGUGUACAUCGACGGGUCGUCAUGCCACAAAUCAUCAUUCAGAGAGCCCGGACGGACGCUCAGAAUGCCGCAUACUUUCAACAUCCGGAUGAAGUUCUCAGAACGGUCCCAGAGCCGAGUGCCGCAGCUAUAGCGAGAAGGGCUCUUCGCGGUCUGUCAACGUCUGAGGUCAUAAAAGGUGUCUACCCGACGCUCCCAAAGCCUCAGAGGAAAAUCAUCGCAUCGAGGAACGAGCCAGGAAUCGAGAAGCUCCCGGCGCCGGAGAGUCUGCGGCUUUUGGAGCCUCCCUCCGGCGACGGCCUUCCCGUUCAGAACUCGGGUACUCCACGAACCCCUCUGUCGAGCCCGAUCCAGAACCCCUCGAUAAUUCGGGCUCCACCUGCCGUUAAUAUCAGAAUUGUGCCGCUGUCUCCUCCGCGUCAAGAGCCGGCACCGAAGCAGAACACUGUCGAUGUGAACGUCUUUCCGAAGAAUUUCCAAAGUCAGAAAGAGCGGACCCUCGCUACUCGGAUCCCGCCGCCCGCAGUGAAUAUCGGGCCUGCCCCGGAUCAAGCGAGAUUCGCCCCGGAGCCAAGAGCAGACUCUGAGCCCCAACAAGAGCCCAGAAGAGUCGAAGAGUCUCGGGCAGACGAUAGCGACGACUACUACGAAUCCUAUGAAUUCGGCUACGAGAUCCGAACUCCUGAGGGCACUCAUUCGCACGAGGAGCGCAAAAUUCCGACGGGACAGGUGUUUGGAUCUUAUAGCAUGGCUUUGGCCGACGGACGACAACGACUCGUAACCUACAGCGCGGAUGGAGACGGUUUCCACCCCAUCGUCGAAACCAACGAGCUUGGCACCCUGACGUCUGAGCCAGCAGACGCGAAGAUCAUCUCCUCAGCGACGUUAUCGACCGCUGAACCACUCGCGAAAAAAAUUAGUCCGGUCCGGAUCCCUAAAGGAGUCCGGAGAGUCAGGAAAACAAAAACGAAGAGAACCUCGAAUUGA